AUGACAACGAGAGAGGUGGAACUGACGGGCGGCGCGCCUUGGGGCUUCCGUAUGCACGGCGGCGCGGAUCACAACCAGCCGCUAAGGAUAUCGAGGGUGAACCCAGGUCGUAAGGCAUCGCUGAGUGGUAUCAGAGAAGGCGAUGUGAUAUCCUCUAUCAAUGGCCAGCCUACGAGAGCGAUGAGCAACGCUGACGCCCACUCUAUGCUGCGCUCCGCUGGACCCGUGCUGAGGCUAGGCCUUAAUGAAGACAAGGAGAUGUCGCCACGGAGAAGGUCUAUUGGUAGAGCCAGCGACUUGAGGAGGUCAUCGCACUUACUGUCGGAAAUAAACAACGACGUACCGAUUCCGCAAGCCCCGGUGUAUGCAACCAUACGACCGGCCAAGACAUCGCAGCAUCGACCGCCGUCAUCUCUCACCUCUCUACCAGCCGCGUUAAACGCUACAGAUCAUAUAAGAUCAGAGACGCCUAGAGUGGAACCAAUACAAUUCCAUCCUACGAACCCCUUUUAUACAUUACCUAAUGGUAAAAACGAUGAAAAUUUAAGAACCGAAAACACGACAAUACCGAUAUCAAUAAGUGAUAGUGAUCUUCAUAAAAACGAACAAGAAAUAAAUCGCAUAUCUGUUACCGAGCACGAAGUCAGCGAAACAGAAGAAAUAAAGACUAUUAAGAAAAUUGUAAUGAACGGAUCUACCGACAACGUUAACCAAUUGGAUAGUGAAAAUUUAAGACAUGGAUUAAAUGAGGAUAAGUCACCAGCCACCGAGCAUUAUAUUAAAGUACAGUAUUCACCGAAAAACGAACAAAUAAAUAGCAAAUCGACAUUUAACUCAAACAACUAUGAAGCGUACGGGAAGUACAGAAACGAAUCAACUAUUUUAAAAGAAAAUCAGCCGCAAGAUGUACGUGGCAACAUUUUUUCUCCAGUGGACACAUCGAGCAGCAAAUCAGUCGCCACGAAGCCCCCUCUAAAGUCACCGAGCACCCCCUCCACGCCCCACAGUCUGCCGAAACGUGAGUAA